CCGUAAACGAAAAACCUGUCAGAGCCUGAUGAAGCGGUCUGUCAGAGGUAUCAUAGCUUUUCUUGUUAAUGUUCAACUUUUUUUUUUGUUUUUUUUUUGUUUUCUUUUACUAGUAUCAUGAGUACGAACAAUGCCAAUUGACUUCAUUCACUUUAUGGAGGUCCAAGUACGAUUUUAUUUUGUUACCGAGUCUCUCGGCCAACUCUCAGCCUCUAAAUAGUAUUCUGCCGUCUGACCCCUACCGCUUUAAGAUAUCUGAUUCUGAUCUCAUCACUUCAAAUCUUCGUCACCGCAGCAUACAGCCAUGCAUACUUUAAUAAGGAUUGUUCUCUGAAAUCAUUAUAAACACCUACCUAGGUAGGAACUUAUAUAUAAUAAGCUACGUCUGCCGGAAAUUACACCAUUUAUUUCUUGUUGGGAAUCGUCCUGGUUAGUAUCGCUUUUCUGGAAGAGUCGAUCGAUAUCGCGAGACAAAAAAUUUGCCAAGAAAAUUCAAUUGGCGCAGUUGGAAAACUGGCAAAAAUGGCGGAGGACCUUGGUGAUAUCGACAUCGACCUCGACACGAGUAUAAUCCGAGAGUGGAAAUCAAUUGUCACGCUCGUGGUUUUUGUUAUUACUAAUAUCAUUGUCCUUUUCCCCUUUCAUAUACCAUUGUAUAUCCCUCGGGGAGUUGCCAAUGGCAUAGUGGAUGCUUUAGCUGCUCUGCGGGUGAUAGGCCCUCGGCAUAAGGACCUUCAACAUGAGGCUGCUAUUGGGCAUGGUCACAACGGAUGGCAGCGAAUCGUAGCUGAGCAUUUCGUACGACUAAGGUUUCCAAUGAACUUGAUAACGGCACCCCUGAUAGCAGAUCUCUUCCUGCUAGCUAUUGUAGCAAUUGGCCGAGAGGAGGUGUACGGUGGUACGAUCGGUGCUAAUCACAUCUCGCCCAUCGACAUUAUGGCCUUUUUCAUAACGCUAGCAUAUAUCGCUAUCUCUAUCGAUGCCUCUGGUCUCAUCAGAUACCUCGCAUUUAAGGUACUUCAAAAAGGUGGGAGGUUUGGCCACAGGCUCUUCUUCUACCUGUACGCCCUUUUCUUCAGUCUGGGUACCUUCAUCGGUAACGACCCCAUCAUCCUAUCCGGAACGGCCUUUCUCGCCUACAUGACCCGGGUCUCGAGCAAUAUCAUACACCCUAGGGCCUGGAUUUUCGCCCAGUUCGCAGUAGCGAACAUUGCAUCGGCGAUUCUAGUGUCCUCUAAUCCUACCAACCUUGUUCUCGCAGGCGCUUUCAAUAUCAGAUUCAUCGAUUACACUGCCAAUAUGAUCGUUCCUGUCGUUAUCACGGCAAUUGUACUUUUUCCCUUCCUGCUGUACAUUGUGUUUGCGGAUGAGACCCUUAUCCCGCUUUCAAUUCAGAUGCACGAGCUCUCAGAGGAGGCAAAAGCUAAGAAACCUGUCAAUCCCAACAUUCCUCAUGCCAGGGGAAAUGCCGAGGAACAAGAGGACGAUCCGACAAAUAGCGAUCAAAGCAAAUUGCUGUCCUUGGAAGAGAUCAUGAAUCCUUUCUUGGAUAAGGGGGGUGCAGGAUUCGGAGCCGUCAUCAUGACUGCGACACUGGUCACAAUACUUGCGAUCAAUGCCGCUAGUCAGAGCACUGGCGAACAUCCGGUCUUUUAUAUAACGCUACCGGCUGCAUUCGUUAUGUUCUGUUGGGACAUUACGUUUGGAUGGAUUCACCGGGAAGAGACGCGAAGGAUCUCCCGGGAUGGCCGACGUGAAAUUGAACAAGCUCGUGCUGAACGACUUGCUAGGGAGCUGAGAGAAUUUGAAGGAAUUAACUCAAGUCAGAAGCAGGGGCAAGCACAGCAAACUGGCGACGUUGAUACACAGCCUAGUACUUCACAUAGCCAUCCGUUGGAUGCCAAGUCUCAGAAUCAGAAUGAUGCUACUAGUGGUAUCGAACCCCGCCUCAGUCUCGCCAACUCAAAUACGGACGACGAUAACACCCUAGGAGCCGACAAAGCUAGUAUAAAACCUUCCAGUGACGAUGUGCAAUUACAUGACGGCCGCUCCACCAGCGCGACGAACACGCCUGGCGAGGUCCACGUAGGCCCAGAGAAGUCAUCGGGGGGAGUAUUGGCUGGAGGUUUAGACGAAAAGAGUCGGAUCCCAUUUGAACGAGAGAUGGAUGCUGAAAAACAACCCCGUUCUGGCGUUCCGGCCCACCAAAGGAGUGAGAAGGCGACACUCGUAUCACUAACUAUCGACUUUUAUAGAUGGGCACAGGAGACAUUCCCAACAGCAGCGGUAGUUAUGAGCCAUCUACCUUUCGCCCUCGUCCCCUUUGCCUUCGCGAUGUUUGUCCUUGUACAGGCUUUGGUUACCAAAGGUUGGGUGCCAGUGUUUGCCUACGGUUGGGACCAUUGGGUAAAUAGGACGGGAACAAUUGGGAGCGUCGGCGGCAUGGCGUUUCUUUCCGUGAUUCUCUGCAAUUUUGCAGGAACGAAUAUUGGCACUACGAUUCUUCUCUCCCGCGUGAUCCAGGCCUGGCAAAAGAUUCACGAAGCCAAUAAUACCCCAAUCUCCAACCGAACGUUUUGGGCGACAGUUUAUAGCAUGGCGCUUGGCGUCAACUACGGCGCAUUUAGCACAGCGUUUAGUGCAUCUCUAGCCGGCCUCCUCUGGCGCGAUAUCCUAGCUAGAAAGCACAUCCGCGUGCGAAGGCUCGACUUUGCGCGUGUCAACCUCCCGAUCAUCACGAUCGCCAUGGUCGUCGGUUGUGCCGUUCUUGUUGGCGAAGUCUACAUCAUCAGGCCCGAUACCCCUUACGACGCAUGAUUAAAGCAUUUACCAAGCCUGCAUGGAUUUUUGACAUGAUUAAUGAUAUCUGAUAGCGCUUUUAUACUAAUAAUAAUAUUUGAUGGUAUUCUAAGCUGUA